AUGUUGAGAGUUUCCUUCAAAAUCAAAGAUGAUGUUGUUGAUUUUCGACACGACACAUUUCUUUUUCCCGAUCAGACAUCAGAACUGAAUAGCCUUUUUGUGUUGUUUGGUUGCAGGGAUAACGCAACUGAAAGUGUUGCCACCGAGGGUCGUAAUAUUAACUUCUCGGUUAAUACGAGGCAAGGCAAAAUGUUGCCAAUUCUCAAGGAUUGUUCAAUUCGGAUUCCUUCCGUACGGUUGUGGAUGCUUCUUGGACCUAAUGGUUGUGGUAAAUCUACCAUUUUAAAGAUCUUGGCAGGUCUUUUGACCCCUACAAACGGGGUUUUAUACGUUAGAAGGCCAAAGAGUUAUGUAUUCCAAAAUCCAGACCAUCUUAUUGAGGCAUCUCUCACCAAGCAGGUUGCGAUGCCUAUAGUUGAAGCAGAUGUUGCAUUUUGCCUUGGGAGAUUAAACUUAACGAACUCUAAAGUUAGAUCCAGGGUGUCAAAAGCUUUGGAUGCUGUUGGCAUGUCUGAAUACCUACAUAGGCCAGUUCAAACUCUUAGCGAUGGUCAAAAGCAAAGGGUUGCCAUUGUUGGAUAA